UUGAACAAGCCUGAGGACUGCAGAAGGGAGCCGAUUGUGGAUAGCGGUUCUCCAUGCGGUUUCCUUUUUCAUUUUAAAGUGUAAACUUCAUGUGAAGUUCACCCUACAUUAAUCAUCAUGACGAUGGCGUUUAUUGCAGGCCGUAAUCUAAAGGUGCUAACACAGCUGAGCAGCAGGAUGUACAGCACGGGAACCGGUCAAUUAAAUGAGGUGGUUAUCGUGUCGUUUGCAAGGACGCCUCUUGGUUCCUUCCGGAGUUCCCUGGCACCCGUACCUGCAACCAAGCUUGGAUCUGUCGCUAUUCAGGCUGCCGUUGAGCGAGCAGGAAUCAAGAAAGAGGAUGUUCAAGAGGUAUACAUGGGCAACGUGCUUUCCUCGGGCUGUGGCCAAGCUCCAGCGCGGCAGGCUGCCCUCGGUGCUGGCCUCCCACAGUCGACUCCGUGUACCACUGUGAACAAAGUGUGUGCUUCGGGCAUGAAGGCCAUCAUGUUGGCAGCUCAGAGCCUCAUGUGUGGAUCUCAGGAAGUCAUGGUCGCUGGAGGAAUGGAAAGCAUGUCUAAUGUGCCAUAUUUCCUCAACCGAGGUGAAACACCCUAUGGGGGAGUUAAUCUGGCGGAUGGCAUUGUCCAUGAUGGCCUGACGGAUGCUUAUGGCAAGCUACAUAUGGGUGCCUGCGCAGAGCAGACAGCUAAGAAGUAUGAAGUGACUCGACAAGACCAGGACAACUUUGCCAUUGAAAGCUACAAGAGGAGUGCAGCUGCUGCUAAGGCUGGAAUAUUUGCGAAGGAAAUUGUGCCUGUCACCAUCCCUGGAAAGCGUGGAAAGCCGGAUACUGUGGUCUCUGAAGAUGAAGAAUACAAGAAGGCAAACUUUGACAAGUUCACCACUGUUCCCACAGUCUUUGUCAAGGAAGGGGGAACCAUCACAGCAGCAAAUGCGAGUACCCUGAACGAUGGUGCUGCUGCCUGUGUGCUGAUGACACGUCAGGCAGCUGAUCGGCUCGGAGUGAAGCCCCUUGCCAAAAUUGUCGGCUUUGGGGAUGCUGCAGUGGAACCAGUUCACUUUUCCAUUGCCCCUGCCUUUGCGAUGCCUAAGGUGCUGAAAGCUGCAGGUGUAAAGCAGGAGGAGGUGUCUAUGUUUGAAGUGAACGAAGCUUUCAGUUCUGUAGUCCUGUGCAAUAUAAAGCACCUCAACCUAGAUGCCGCGAAGGUUAACGUACACGGUGGAGCAGUAAGCAUUGGGCAUCCCAUUGGGAUGUCCGGUGCCCGUAUUGUUGGGCACAUGGCUGUACACCUGGAGUCUGGCCAGUAUGGUCUUGCCGGGAUCUGCAAUGGUGGAGGAGGAGCCUCCGCUCUACUGCUGCAGAAGCUGGGCAAUUCAGACGUAGCAAAGCUAACUUUGUACACAAAGUACCCUUGUCCCCUCUGUGAUGAAGCCAAGGAGCAACUAGGAAGCUUAUUGGACAGGGUCCAACUGGAAGAGGUGGACAUCGAGAAGCCAGAAAACGCUGCCUGGAAGAGUUUGUAUCGCUAUGACAUUCCGGUGUUUCACUUGAACGGAGAGUUCCUUAUGAAGCACAGGGCUGAUGCAAGGUUGCUUGCAUCGAGGCUGGAACAGCUACGAAUGAAGGGAGACUGAUCUUGGGGGAGCUCAACUGCUGCAUACACAAGUUUCCUUUGUAAAUGCGCAUUUUCGUACCAUUUGUGUCAUCCCCGCUUCAUUUGUCAAACCUGUGACGUUUCUGUGCAUUCAGCGUGAUUAUUUAUGUGAAUAAAUUUAAAGUUGUGUCUUCA